GUUAACGUUUCCCUAAUUUUCCUCGAUUUCAAUUCAAUUCUCUUCUAACAAAUUCAAACAAUCUUCAACUCCUACCUUUUUCUGUAUCUCCGUGCCUAUGUUUUCUUGGUUGUUCUCAUUAAUGGCAGGCCUUCAUUACCAGUACUCACGUAAAGAUACUAUGAUUAUGUGUUAGCUAUUUCAGCAUUCCCCGUAAAUAGUUUCUGCCCCAAGAAACCCGUGUCGAAUUAAUCGUUUUUCUUUUGUGGGUUUUCCGUUCCUUUUUUCUUAAUGAAUGUCGUUGGUCGGCCGUGUUGCUUUGAAGAAUACUCAUUGAAUUUUCUUGAUCAUUUUCUGUUGUCAUUCGUUUCCCCCAGUGGUGUUUGAAUUAACUUUGAGAGAGAAGCGAGGAUUAAGGAGUCCUUUUUUCUGGUGAUGGAAGACGGCGAUGGUGAACGCUACGUGUUUCCAUUGACAAGUUUGCAAAUCGGGGAUUUGCAGUCGUACCUUUCACAUCUCAGCCUAUUUCUGGCCUCUGAAAGUGGGAAGUUCUAUAUCUUGGUCGACAACAGGCCAUGGUUGGAAGAUCUUGUGUUAAGUUCAACCCAUUGGUGGCAGUUGAUGGUUACUAAGUCGAGGCUGUCCCCCUUUGCAAACACUAGGGGCAGGAAGGAAGGAAAGAUGAUUGGUGAAUUUUCAGGGCUACAAGAUUCUUCCUCAUCGGAUGUAAGAAAAUCACAAAACUUCAUAAAGUGGUUAUCUUUUACUGCUGCUAUGAUGUUAUCCAGAAACAAGGCUUUGCUACCUGUGAAGAAGCUUAGCAAUUCUUUAAUCGCAAACAGCAAGUUGCACAGAACCUUAUAUGGUUUUAUUGUUUUUGAGGUUGCAUGGAACGAUGUACGUGGUAUUAACUAUUUGAAUGAGCUUCAGACUGAUACAUCACUUGCAAUAGAGGCUAAAAUCAUGAGGAGAUGGGAAUUUGACAGUACAACACAAGCUGCCAGGAGUAUAUCUUCAUGGUUCCCAGGGUCACACAACGAACGGAUUCUCUUGAAAGAGCAUUUGGAUGAAACCAUUGGGGAGGAAUACCAUGAUGCUCAAGAAAGUUUUGCAGCAACUACUCUACCUGAUACUACUGACAUUAUUCCUGUUGAUAUGUCUGCUGGGAAUGGGUUUACCUCCUUUCAGGAUCACAUCACUGAUGUGUGUCCAGAUAAAGUUGGAAAUAGAAUAGAUGGACUGCGUAAACCACCUCAGCCUGGUAGUCCUUUCAGAAGAAGGAAAGUUAUGAAGUCUAUUUGCUGUGAUGCUGAGCUUGGGAUUUGUAACAGAGAACAAGAGUUUGGAACUGUUGAAGUACUUAGGCAGACCUCUAACUCGAGUGAUUGUGAAGAAACACUUGAGGCUACUCUCUACCGCGAUGUUUUGAUUUUGUUUCGAUUUGAUGAUCCUGACCUGCCCUUUAAACUAAGGGACAUAAUUAUGUCCAAAUUGCGACUACUUACACUACUUGAAGCUGGGCUUCCGUCUUGGGUUAUUUUCCUACAGUCAUACCCAGGAUUUUGCCGCCUUUAUCGUCCGUGGAUGUGCCCUCUAGCAAGAGCUCUGUACAUACUUAUUUCAGUAGUCACUGUUCUCAUUGGAUUUUUUGACUUAUACAAAAAUGUGCCUCUUCUUAAGGCAACAGCAUCCCAUUUGUGUGGACCUCUCUUUGACUGGAUAGAGGAGUGGGAAAUGAUUUCAAGAAUUAAGUAUUUGGGAACUAUGUUAUUUCUUCAUAAUUUUAAGAAGGCCAUGAAGUUUUCUCUAAUGCUGUCACAAACUACAUAUAAAUUUUUCUCAUUGGUAAUUAAGCCAAUCACACGACCUUUUAUUGACCUCUUGGCUUGCUUCCUUCCCCUUUGGAGUUUGUUUACACGAUUAGCAGGAAUUUUCUUUUCAGUAAUCUGGGUGUUGGUUCAGUCUUCUUUUUCAAUGGUAGAAGACAUUAUAGAGAUUUUGGUGCUACCGCUAUGGUAUAUCUUAUUGCUAGCUCGGACUGUGACAACAUCUUUUUUAUACCCUAUAUUUUGGAUUCUUCGCCUUAUCGCAUUCUUCUGCACCUUUGUAUAUCGUUCAAUCGGAGGUUUAUGGCUAUCGGCAAGGACCAUCUUUCAAUUCUCAAAAGAUGUUGAGUCAACUGUAAGCACAUAUCAGGUGUCAGUGUGGCGUUCUCUUUGGAAUGACCUUUUCUCCCAGGUUUUCCGUGCUCUCCGAAGUAUACUUAAUGGUUUCGUGGUUUUCUUCAUUGCCUGCAACAGACACCGCCUUAGCAUUUAUAAUCAUGUGAAGGAGCUCAUUCAUAGAUUAAUAUUCGUUGCCACGAGAACGUGGUCUAAAGAUAAGAGCCAAAGUGGACAAACUUCUGAAGCUCGAUUGAAAAGGAUCGGAAAGAGUAGCAUUGAGUAUCAGAUGAAGCGGAGGAUGAUUGUGCAGCAUCCAUAUAAAGUUGAUUAAGCAAAAUCAUUUUCACCAGCUAAUACCAUGUAUAUGAUAUACGAGCGGAGACUGCCCAACAUAAAAGAAUUCUGUAUCCAUUAGUGCGUAAGUUCUUAGCACAGUACAUUUAUUUAUUUAUUCUUUUCUUGGAAGGCAAAAGAGAAAGAAUCUCAACUAUAUGCUCACAUACAACUGAAGGAGUAGUUUAAUUUUUCUUGCCCCCCAUUUUUUGUUCUUUCCUCAUCUUCUCCUCUGAGUCUACAGACGAUCAAUAUAUACUUUUGUAGCUUUAGGCUGUUACCACAUGUAUUCAUUAUCCUUGUAUAGAGAUCAUUAGUUACUUGUAUGGAAGGAUAAUGACAAAUAAUAGAUA